AUGGCUGAGGGAGAGCCACGGCCCGAGGCUUUGACAUUGGAGCCGCAUGCCGCCAGUGGCAGCGGCCCAAGCCCGGUCCGGACGCCGCCGCCGCCGCCCAUUCCUUCCACCGACCCCAGACUACAAGCCGCGACGGCGCCGGACGUGCAGGUGCCGUCACCAACCCUAGCGGCGCGAGUCGAUGACAUCUUCAAAGUGUCUCCGCAGGCGGCCCUGAGCCUCUUCAGCACAGGCGUCGAGGCCUUGGUCAACAUGACCGGAGAUGUCCCGCCCACGCCGCCGCCGAGAAGUCCAACACUACCACAUAUGAGAGGGAUGGAGGCCGAGAAACAGAGUAUUGUGCGGUCCAACUCGGAAAAGAGCCUGGCUAGACUGGCUCAACGGGCCAGUGCCGCAACCUCCCCAUUACCUGGGCGCUCCCCUCGCCAGAAUGUGAACUCGGCUUCGCAGCCGGCUCCCGGUCAACCUGCAGUACCAACAGCAGGAACACAGGCGCAAUCCAUUGACGGAGUGCACUUGCGAGUGCCAAAUCCGGCGCUACAAGCGGCCCCUUCUAUUUCGGUGGGCUCGCCGCAACCGCUUUCACCAUACAUCAUCGUGGGUGAGAAUUCGCAGCCACUCAACCUGCAGCACAGCGCCAUCACCCGCAAGUUUUACUGCCGCGUCCCGCCGCCCAUCUCCGUAACCGACUACUUGCUUCGCAUACACCGCUACUGCCCCAUGUCGACCGCCGUCUACCUGGCCGCCUCGCUCUACAUCCACCGGCUGGCUGUUCUGGAGAGAGCCAUCGUCGUGACCAGGCGGAAUGUCCACCGGCUGCUGCUCGCCGGGUUGAGGGUGGCCAUGAAGGCUUUAGAGGACCUCAGUUACCCUCACGCUAGGUUUGCGAGGGUCGGCGGCAUAAGCGAAAAGGAACUGGCGAGGCUUGAGAUUAGUUUCUGCUUCUUGACUGGCUUCGAGCUUGCUGUGGAUGUGCCUAAAUUGAGCCAGCACUGGGACCUGCUGCGCAGGGGAGCCGAAUGCUGGAAUUUUCUAGACCAAGGGACGCAUCAGGGGACUUUUGUACAGUUGAGGGAACCAACAAGCGGGAAUAGUGGCGUUAGGGCGCAGGCUUGA